AUGAGACGAACGCUGGAGGGUCUCCAAAACCCUGGUGUUCAAAUAGCCAGUGAAGAAAACCUUGUCGAUCUGGAAUAUGCAGACGACAUCGUUCUCAUCUUCGAAGAGGAGGAGAAGGCGCAAGUAUUCUUGGAUGAACUGACCAAAGUCAUCCCGUCCUUUGCUCAACUUCGGUCCAAUGGAAGUUUGGGUGACAGCGUCUAUGGUGUGAACUUACACGGGGAAUACCCGUGGAUCCUGAGCGCCUCUGAUGAUCAGACUAUUCGCAUUUGGAACUGGCAGUCACGCUCAGUGGUCUCGAUCGUGACUGGGCACAGUCACUAUGUAAUGUGCGCACAGUUCCAUCCAAAGGAUGACCUGAUUGUUUCAGCCUCGCUGGAUCAAACCGUUCGUGUUUGGGACUUCUCUGGACUUCGAAAGAAGAAUGUUGCGCCUACUGGACUCUCAGGGAUCGAGGAACACAUGCGCCAAAUGACUGGUUCAUCCAGACAUGGCGGAUCAGGAGUUGGAACAGCUGGUCACGCCGAGUUGUUCGGCACUGGUGACGUUGUCGUACGCCAUGUGAUGGAAGGACAUGACCGUGGCGUGAACUGGGUGACUUUUCAUCCAUCGCUGCCUAUCGUGGUUUCAGCAGCGGAUGACCGUUUGCUCAAACUAUGGCGUAUGACAGAAUCGAAGGCGUGGGAGCUUGAUACUCUUCGUGGACACUACAAUAACGUCAGUUGUGCCUUAUUCCAUCCAAGGCAAGACCUGCUCCUUUCAGAUUCGGAAGAUAAGUCUAUCCGUGUAUGGGAUUUGGUCAAGCGGACUUGUCUGACCACAAUUCGGCGUGAUUCUGAUCGGUUCUGGGUUGUAGCCGCUCACCCCAAGCUCAAUUUGUUUGCUGCUGGUCACGAUACCGGCUUUGUUGUUUUCAAGUUAGAACGCGAACGACCAGCGUUCGCUGUGCACAAAGAUUUCAUUUUCUACGUUAAACUCCCAUUUCUUCGUCGCUUGGAUUUGAACGUAACGAAGGAUAUCCCAAUUAUACAACUGCGAGAAGGACGCGGUCUUGCUGUGAGCUUGGCUUACAACCCGAUUGAAAAUGCUGUUUUGGUGUUGAGCCGCAACAGGGAGACGGAUUCUGGGAAUGUGAAUGCAUCUUCGUUGACUACAACAAACAACAUGGUCUACGAUUUAUACAUGCUACCCAAAGAUGUCACGACUGGCGGUGAGCCGCAACAUGCAGAAAGUCGGUCUGGUACGGGAUGUGCAGUAGCUUGGGUCGGGAGGAAUCGUUUUGCUGUAUUGGAAAGCACGGGAACGCAAACCCUCAAUCGCCUACUCGCUGCCGUUGGGAUCCGUAAUUUUGGCGAGAAAGUACGACUGAUCGAGUGCGAUGGAGCUGCUCGUGACGUACAAUCUCUUAAUGCUUCUACCAAAAGGCUUACUGUGCUGAUUAAAAAUUUAGCCAACGAAAAGGUCAAACGAGUGAACUUCACUGGUGUCGACCAAUUUUUCUACGCUGGUACCGGCAAUUUAUUGAUCCGUGAUGCAAGUGGAGUCAGCUUGUGCGACGUCAUCAACAAACGUACACUGGCUACUUUAAAAAACACCAAAUACAUCCGUCACGUCGUUUGGGCUCCUGAUGGCCAUCAUGUAGCAAUGUUCACCAAACUCUACCUGUAUUUGUGCGAUCGGACCCUUGACAUCAAGGCGACCAUACAUGAAACCGUCCGAAUAAAGAGUGGAGCUUGGGAGGAGCACGGGGUGUUUGUCUACACCACGAGCAAUCACAUCAAGUACACGUUAUUGAACGGUGAUAACGGCAUUAUUCGUACUUUGGAACUGCCGGUUUACAUCACACGUGUUCGUGGCAAUUCAGUCUUCUGUCUUGAUCGUGACUAUGCCCCCUUGGUCCUUUCGAUUGAUCCAACCGAAUAUCGAUUCAAGUUGGCACUUAUCAAUCGUCGCUAUGAUGAGGUGUUGCACAUGGUACGCAAUUCGAAUUUGGUUGGUCAGGCAAUCAUAGGCUAUUUAGAAAAGAAAGGUUAUCCGGAGGUCGCGCUACAUUUUGUCAAGGAUACUAGGACACGGUUUUCCCUGGCGAUGGAUUGUGGACAAUUGGAAGUCGGACUCGAAGCUGCUCGUGCUCUGGAUGACAAGGCUUGCUGGGAACGUCUGGGAGAGCUCGCACUGCGCCAAGGAAACCAUCAGAUUGUGGAAAUGGCCUACCAACGCACGAAGAAUUUCGAUAAACUAACUUUUCUUUACCUGAUUACUGGGAACUUGGAAAAGCUGCAGAAGAUGAUGAAGAUUGGACCGCUUGCUUAUUUGACUGCUGCCACACAUGGAUUGUCAGAUGAGGCUAAUGAAUUGAGAGAACAACUUGGUGCAAUUCAACCUACCCCGGGCUCGGAGUCCGCAGCCUCCAUUGCACUGCCCUCUGUAAAGGCGAACGCUUCUUUACUCAUCCCAUCACCCCCAAUCCUGCGUCCAGACCGUCUGGCUACCGCGGACCUAGGGGACACGCCUACUGCAGUCGAAUUAAACUGGCCGCUUCUUAGCAUGCAACUUGAUGUGUUCGAGACAGCGAUUGCGCAGAGGCGUCCAGGUGGUCUGGGAACAAAUGGUGACGAGCUUGGAAAACCAGGAGCACCUACAAUGGCUGGUGUCGGUCUUAUGAUGGAUGUUGGGGAUAUAGAUGAAGCUGCAUGGGGUAAAGAUGCUGUCUUAGAUCUCGAUGAAAGCGAGGAAUUUGCUGAUGCGGUCGAGGAUGGCGAUGUCCUGGGUCGCUCGGACGAUUUGGCCGCUGCACAAGAGGAAGGCUGGGACCUCGGUGAUGCCGAUCUGGAGCUUCCAAAAGAGUUGCAAACCAGCGGAGCACUAAAUUCGAUGUCUGGUGAAAGUUUUGUGGCACCUCCUACUGGUCGUUUGCCUUCGCAGUUCUGGAGCGACAACUCUAGACUCCCCCAUGAUCAUGUCAUGGCUGGAAACUGGUCGGAAGCAAUGCGUCUGCUGAAUUCCCAACUGUAUUUUUGUCACCUAGAAAGCGAGGAAUUUGCUGAUGCGGUCGAGGAUGGCGAUGUCCUGGGUCGCUCGGACGAUUUGGCCGCUGCACAAGAGGAAGGCUGGGACCUCGGUGAUGCCGAUCUGGAGCUUCCAAAAGAGUUGCAAACCAGCGGAGCACUAAAUUCGAUGUCUGGUGAAAGUUUUGUGGCACCUCCUACUGGUCGUUUGCCUUCGCAGUUCUGGAGCGACAACUCUAGACUCCCCCAUGAUCAUGUCAUGGCUGGAAACUGGUCGGAAGCAAUGCGUCUGCUGAAUUCCCAAGUUGGCGUCGUAGACUUUGGACCAUACAAACCGUUGUUCCUAUCAAUGUUCAGUGGAUCGCGAUCGGUUGGAACUGGAAUCCCUUCCACACCUUCCGUUUUUAUAUAUCCUCAAAGAAAUUGGAAAAAGACAUCCAUGAACUCUGCUCUUCCCACCGUGGUCAUCACUUUGAAUAACCUCAUUAACCGUCUUCAGUCGGCCUACCAGCUUACCACGAAAGGAAAGUUCCAGGACGCCGUCGAUCGGUUUCGAGCAAUUCUUCUCUCCAUCCCUCUCCUAGUCGUUGACUCGACUAGUGAAGAGUCUGAAGCCAAACGGCUGAUCGGUGUUUGCAAGGAGUAUAUCCUCGGAUUAUCGAUGGAACUAUUCCGGAAAGCCAUGCCAAAAGAUACUUUGGCAGAUCAGGUCCGGAAUGUUGAACUGGCCUGUUACUUUACUCAUUGUCGUUUGGAAACACCACAUCUUAUCUUGACUAUACGCACAGCGUUGAAUUUGUUGUAUAAACUAAAAAACUUCCGCUCUGCUGCUGCGAUGGCCCGUCGCCUACUGGAUCUCGCUCCCUCAAUUGAAGUGGCCACGCAAACAAGGAAGAUACUACAGGCUUGUGAAGCGGUAACACCGUUUGAGGAUGCACAUCCACUUACCUAUGAUCCACGAAAUCCUUUCGAAAUUUGUGCAGCAACCUAUGUACCCAUCGUUAGAGGUAGCGACCACGUGAAAGAUCCACUUAGUGGAGCCUGCUACGUUCCAGCGAUGAAAGGCCAACUUUGUCGCAUUACUAAACAUACAUCCCGUUCUGAGCCCUGCAAGCUAGCGUUCCCGUCGAAACAACCACGGAAGGUACACGUGUACUAA